AAAUGAAAGCAGAAACGACACUAGUAGCAUUUUUUGUCUUCGUGGGCAUCGUGAGCGCCCAAUUUCCGAGUGGUCGCGUUCUUGAACCACCUGUACCGUCCCUUUGUGCGCAAAGAGUCAUCCACGAACGUACACCCGAUGGUAAAGGAUACAUGUUCAGCUGGAGGGAACCAACUUUGAAGGGUGUUGAGGAGAACUGGUUGGGUGGUAGAAAUUAUUGCAGACAGAGGUGUAUGGAUCUGGUUUCGUUAGAGACGAGCGCCGAAAACGAAUGGAUCAAGCAGAGGCUUGUGCAGGAUAAGGUCAAAUACAUCUGGACUUCUGGUCGUCUGUGCGACUUCAAGGGCUGCGAUCGCGCCGAUCUACAACCUCUGUCCGUGAACGGAUGGUUCUGGACCGCGGUUCUGCAGAAAUUAGCACCUACAACCGCUCGUAAUCAAAAUGAUUGGUCUGAGAACGGUGGUAUCGGUAAAUCGCAACCUGAUAACAGGGAAGCGCAACAAGGUGGCGCUACCGAGAAUUGUCUGGCCGUCCUCAACCAGUUCUACAACGAUGGAGUCAACUGGCACGAUGUAGCCUGCCAUCAUCGCAAGCCCUUCGUCUGUGAAGAAAACGAGGAUCUCAUCAAGUACGUGCGUUACACCAAUCCAGAAUUGAGAGUGUGAACAAAAGGAAAAGAAAAAGUGCAACGUCCAUGACGCUCUGAAAAUCAUCUUCUUAGAACCUUCAUCUAUCUCUUUUUUUUUUAUUCCUAA